CCCAGUGCUGCCCCCAUAUUCGCUGAACGAUCUUCCUCCCUGCGCUGAAAUCGCCAUGCCUGGCACGAAGACCAAAAAUGCCGGGACGCCCCGCGGCAAUCGAGGUGGUGGUGAUGGCAAGAGUUUCCGGCCAUACCACUCGACCAACGUUCCAAAGGAGGUGGAUCUGGAAAGUGCUUUUCUUCACACGGAUGCUGAUGAGCCGAUUACGACGCUGAUGCUACGGCACAUUCCAAACAAGUACUCGCAGUCGAGCUUGCUCAAGGAGAUCGAUUUCAAGGGUUUUCAGGGCAAGUACGACUUCUUUUACAUGCCAAUGGAUGUCCACAACCGGACCAAUGUCGGAUAUGCGUUUAUUAACCUGGUCACGACGCGAGAUGCGAGAGACUUCUUCCUCAUGUUCUCCAACUAUCGGUUUGAAUUCCAUGCCAGUGGAAAGAUAGGAGCAGUUUCCCCUGGUCAUGUCCAGGGCUUGGAGAACAACGUCUGCCAUUUCGGCCACCGGGCCGUUGCCACGGCGCAGAAUGUGCAGUACCGACCUCUCGUCUUCCGCGAUGGCAAGCAGGUGGAUCUGAAAGCAGUCUUCCAAGAGUUGCAGAAGGGCCGCCAGGUUCCAGAGCUUCUCAAGCCGCCGUCGUCUGGCAGCUUGGUGCAGGCUGCGAAGAUGAUGGCCCCAGGACCCGUGGAUGGGCAGACGGAGGUAGAGGACUUUUGUCCGAGGUGGCCCAUUGGUCUUUGCGCGUCAGCGUCGGCGGCGCGCGCCGUUUGGUCCUCUGGUUGGGUGGCGGCGUUCUGGGCGCAGACGGCCCAAACUGGGUGAUUUUGCGUGCUGAUGAGUUGCAUGUGCCAUUCAUCGCGGUUAUGUGUAGGCAGCCCCUUACUAAGCAUCAUCCACGUUGAAAAGACAAGUCCAACAUAGAAUUAUAUAUCCCUUCGAGUUCCAAUGAGCUUUGACAAAUUCGACCCGGAAUCGUGUUUGAGGCAUUGAGGCUUCUUUAGGCAUGCUUGGGGGGAGUCUGCAGGAUGAACACCCUCUCCCGAACCUCCUAUCCUAUUCUUACUCGCACCUCAUUGCAUUGUUCGGGUUCUGGACGAACAUGGUCUCCAUUUUCAGGGGGCCCAGGCAUGCUGCGCCACACGCAUUGUCAGAGACACGGCUCACAAGACUCUCACAGAAAAUGGAUGAAAGUGGCCCAUUUUGGGCUCGGCGUUGUCGUUUUUUCUCCUAGACAUGGUUCUUCUCAGUGAAUUCAGUCUAUCCGAAGGGUUGCUGACUCAGCCCUGCCGUGCAGUGAGCGAUCUGGCUUGCCCAGGCACGGAACUUACGGAAAGGGAUGGAAAGGGGAAGAGGGGCACUCACUAGUCGCCAGUGGUUUUGGUCCUAUACUUGUGUAUCUUGAAAAGGAUGGAUGCCUUGCUACUCAUUGACGGGUUGAUGGGUUGGCUCUAGUUGGUGGCUAUAUAUAGAUACGUAACUGCGGCUGUUUGAGGAUUUUCCGAGGCCACAGACGUGAUACAAAUGCCAUGAUCAAAGCUCGCAAUUAAGAGAAGAACAGUUGAACAGUGUGCGUACUGUGAGCAGAUUUGCCAAUACACCAGUUAGAAUCCCAAUGAAUAUCACAUUCUUAUUCCUCUUGGGGUCUCAACGAUGGACUUCCGUGACUGCUCAUCAGGACCAAAAGGAGUUCGACCGCAUGACCUGAUGUCGCCCAUGCCCUGCCGAGGGGCUGUGCGACCCAGGUAUUUUGGCAUUUUCGUAGACUAAUAUGGUACUGGUAGUGACUAAAGAAUUGUACUCAAGUCACUAUACCAUCAUUGUAAAAUUGACAUCGAGUGGGAAAAAAC